AAAGUAGUCCAUAACUAAAUUUGGUCGAGACCCUCGCCUUCGUGCAAAGCCAGAUAUCAACAUGUUGGCAAAAUUAUUAGAAUGUUGGCCUGACAUGGAGUACGAUGUUUCAGAUUGCAAACAAGUAAGCUAUACUCUUCAUCAUUUUUGUAAUCUUGUUUUUUCUCUUACUUGAACUAUUUUUUUAACUUGCAGAUUCUAUUGCCCUUUUCUUUCAUGGGUCACUUCACCUUAUAUGUACUUAACAUGGACACUAGAAGCAUCUAUAUAAUGGACUCCAUGCCUAUACCAUCAUGGUUUAAGGGUGAUCAUCCUAGCAUGCAUUAUAUCCAUAAUAUACAUUAUAUUGCCAACAAUAUGAAUGCUGCCAUGGAAUUGGCCAAUCCUACAUGGAAAGACGAUAUUUAUAUGUGGCGUCGUAUAGUACCAACAUGGGUUCCAAGAACAUUAAACUGGGAUUUAUCUGGCUUUCUUGUUAUCAACUUUAUGCACGAUUGGAAUGGUAUAAGGUUACCCUGCAUUUGCACUAAUGGGAAUGACCUGAGGACCAAAUUCUUAGUAGAAUUAUUGAAGUACAAGGACAAUGAAUCCAAAGACAACAUUCCAGAAGAAAUACAAGAAAUUAUUAGGCACAUUAGAUAG